AUGCCAGGCCUCUCUGGUGCCGCCGAGGAGGCGGAGGGCCGCGAGGAUGCGCUCCGGGCGAGGCUCAAGCAGGCGCUGGCAGGUGGAGGCGGGUCGCUGCGCGAGGCGCUCCUGGGCGGCGGCGGUGUGUCCUCUCCGCCUCUGGCCGCCGCCCUCCGCCCGCUGAUUGGGCAGCCGCUCGCGACGCGAGUCGCAGAGCUCGCUGAGCAAACGGAGGGCGCUGCCCCGCCGCGCCCGCUCGGCGAGUUUGAGUCGCGAGCCGCCUCGCUGAUGGCUGCGGGCCGCUGGAUCGAGGCGCACGACGUGGUGGAGGGGCUCCUGCUCGAGGCGAGCGGAGGAGGCCACUUGCACGAGGCGACCCUCGCGGCGCGGCUGCUCGAGGGCAUGUGCCAGCACGAGCUGGCGAACGCCGCCGGGCUGGCGGCCGCGCUGUCGGCGCACGAGGAGGAGAAGGACUCGCCGCUGCAGUGCGGCUGCGUGCUCGCCGGCGAGGUGGUCGAGCCCUACUCGGACUUGGCGACCGCGCUGCAUUUGGUGGAGAGCGACGCCAACGCCGCGCUCGGCCACGCGUUGUGCGUGGGCCUGACGCGGCCAGCGCUGCUGCCCGCGGCCGACGAGGAUCUGACGGCGCUGGACGAGCUGGAGGGUCUGGUUGGGCUGCGCGAGGCUAAGGCGCACUGCCGUUUGCUGAGGGACGCCGUCGCGCUCGAGAAGGAGCGAGGCGACGACCCGAAGCUUAAGUCGCUCUCGCUGGUGCUCACGGGGAGCCCCGGGACAGGCAAGACCGCCUUCGCCCUUCUGUACGCGCGGCUGCUGGGCGAGCUCGAGGUGCUGCCUUCCGGGCGUGUGGUGCGCGUCACCGGCGCGCAGCUGCAGGACGGCGGCGUUGAGGCGCUCGAGGAGGUGCUCAAGGGCUUCGACGAGCCGGGCGAGGGCGGGCUGCAGGUGGGUGACGUGGUCGAGGCGCGGCGCGAGGGGACGUGGGGGCACUUUGGGCGGAUCGUGCGCCACGACACUUCGCCGCGCGCGCGGCCUCCGUACAAGGACUCGUACGACAUCCACUUCGGAGGGCGGGUGAGGUUCGAGCUCUCGGACGGGACAAGCGUCAGCCGGCGGGACAACGACUUUGACAUUGGCGUGCGUCGCAAGGACAUCCGCGCGAAAGCGGAGACGGGAGGCGUCCUCAUCCUCGACGACGCGCACCAGCUGAGCACGAGCGAGAAGGCAGCGAGGCAGGUGCUCUACCGCCUGACGGAGGAGAUGGACGCGCGCGGCGGCCGAUUCGCCGUCGUCGUGGCGGGGUACGAGAAGCAGCUCUUCACAGAGGUCUAA